GGAGGAAUUACUCUAUAAUUUAACUUACCCUUGUAGUUUUACACCGUGUUUAAAAUAGGACAACGGGGUAGAUUUAUUAUUAUUUUUUUUUUCUACGUAUACUGGGAAUCCUUCCAAAGAAACUUAACAAUGGCAGCGCCUGGAAAAUGCAUAUUGGUUUCAGGUGCCCCAGGUGUAGGAAAAACAACUUUAAUAAUCAGAGUAUUGGAAAAUCUGAGAGCUUUAAACCCCAAUUUGAAGGUCCAAGGUUUCUAUACUCGUGAGAUUAGGCAAGGAAAUGAGAGGGUUGGUUUUGAGGUGGUAACUGUGAAUGGUCAAAGAGGUACCCUUGCUUCUAUUAACAAUCCCAGCCCUGAAUCUGCACGGUGGCCUACUGUUGGAAGAUAUCGGGUGGAUAUAGCUUCUUUUGAUAAUGUAGCUUUGCCUGAGUUGCAGAUUAAAGAAGAUACAGACCUGUUUGUUAUCGAUGAAGUUGGUAAGAUGGAGCUGUAUAGUUCAUCAUUCUUUCCUGCAGUCUUGAACCUCUUGAACUCCAAUAUCCCUCUCUUGGCUACAAUACCAAUCGCAAGACAUGGCCGAGAUAUACCCGGAGUUGCAAGGCUGAGAAACCAUCCGGGGGCAAUCAUCUACACGCUCGACCCUAAUAACAGGGAUACAUAUAGGGAAAGGGUUUACUCUCACUUGGUUGAUCUAUUCGCUAAGAAUUAGAAGUUGCAGACUUGGUGAUGUCUUUGGGGAUCAAAAAUGGUGUUGAAAUGAAAGCUCCAAUUUGUUCUUUGUUUUAUUUUCUUGGUGGUGUGUUCAAUUUUUAAUCCUUUGAUUAUAGUCCUUACUGAUGGUGUAUGUUGUUUAUAUGAAAAAAGAUUUGAGAAUGCAUUAUAGGGAUAAUAAACGUCAAACUAAAGAAAUAGAGGUUGUAAAUUCUUCAAAUCCGUAUUAUUAAAGCAAUGUAUGUAUAAACAAGAGACAUAAGAAGCGUUAACACUCAACUUUUAGGGAUU